UAUAAGUGAGCGGCACCGCGCGCAGCUACGUAUCCGAGCUGAAGGUAUGGAUGAGCGGCUGUCUGCGGGGCUCCUGUCCGCUGUCCUCCUCUUCCUCCUCGCGGAGUCCUCCUCCGGACAGACGUACCCGCUGAGUGAUGGAGGAGGUCUGGGCAGACAGUUUGACGGGAUCGGAGGGUUGAGCGGAGGAGGGGCGACGUCCCGGUUACUGGUGAACUACGCGGAGCCGUACCGCAGCCAAAUCCUGGACUACCUGUUCAAGCCAAACUUUGGAGCCUCUCUGCACAUUCUGAAGGUGGAGAUCGGAGGAGACGCUCAGACCACAGAUGGAACCGAGCCGUCACACAUGCACUAUGACAACGACGAGAACUACUUCCGUGGCUACGAGUGGUGGUUGAUGAAGGAGGCCAAGAAGAGGAACCCGGACAUCAUCCUCAUCGGUUUACCCUGGGCCUUCCCUGGUUGGGUGGGCCAUGGGAAGAACUGGCCCUACGACUUCCCAGACAUCACUGCAUCGUACGUGGUGAACUGGAUCCUCGGUGCUAAGAAGUACCAUGACCUGGACAUCCAGUAUGUUGGGAUCUGGAAUGAGAAAACUUUUGACGUCCAAUACAUCAAGCUGCUGCGCUACACUCUGGAUAAGAGCGGUCUGGAGGGGGUCCGGAUCAUAGCCAGCGACAACCUGUGGGAGCCCAUUGCCCUGUCGCUGCUGCUCGACCCCGAGCUCAGCGCAGCCGUAGAUGUGAUAGGGGUGCACUACCCAGGAACCAUCACCGUGGAUCAGGCCCUGAAGACGCAGAAGAAGCUGUGGUCAUCGGAGGACUACAGCACCUUCAAUGACGAAGUGGGUGGAGGCUGCUGGGCCCGAAUCCUCAACCAGAACUACGUCAACGGAAACAUGACCUCAACCAUCUCCUGGAACCUGGUGGCGAGUUACUACGAGGAGCUGCCGUUCGGCCGGGACGGGCUGAUGACGGCUCAGGAGCCCUGGAGUGGAAACUACGUGGUGGAGUCCCCGAUCUGGAUCACAGCCCACACCUCCCAGUUCACUCAGCCUGGAUGGACGUACCUGCAGACUGUUGGGCAUCUGGAACAUGGAGGAAGUUACGUGGCUCUGACUGAUGGGAAGGGAAACCUCACUGUUGUCAUAGAAACCAUGACUCAUGACCAUUCCGUCUGCAUCCGCCCUCCUCUUCCUCCCUUCAACGUAACUUCUCAGACUGCCACCUUCCAGCUGAAAGGAUCCUUCGCCUCCAUCCAGCAGCUGCAGGUGUGGCGCUCUCAGUUUGACUUCAGGAGCCAGAAGCCGUCCUUCUUCCAGGAGAUGACCCCUGUGAAGCUCGUAAAUGGAUCCUUCACUCUGAAUCUGGCUGAAGAUGAAGUUUACACGGUCACCACCAUCACCACAGGAAGGAAGGGGAGCCACCCCGACCCGCCUCCAUCAGCUCGCUUCCCUAAAGUCUACAAGGACGACUUUGAUGCUCGAAAUCCUCCGUUCUCCGAAGCUCCGAACUUCGCUGAUCAGACCGGCGUGUUCGAGUACUUCAUGAACCUCACCGACCCCGGACCACACGUCUUCACCUUCCGGCAGGUGGUGAUGGAGCGACCGAUCACCUGGGCGGCCGACGCCGACCAGACCAUGAGCGUCAUCGGAGACUAUCAGUGGCAGAACCUGAUGCUCACAUGUGACGUCUUCAUGGAGAACGAGAAGAGCGGCGGCGUCUUCAUCGCCGUCCGGGUGGACAAAGGAGGAGGGGUGGUCCGCGGCGCCAAGGGAGUCUUCUUCUGGGUCUUUGCUGACGGUACCUACAAAGUCACCAAUGAUCUGGCUGGACAGACGGUCCUGGCAGAGGGACAGUCUGGUACCCGAGCAUACGCCUGGACCACGUUGUCACUCACUGCAAAGGGUCAGAAGGUCAUCGGGAUGCUGGAUAGAAACCAGCUCUGGACGGUCGUGGUUCCGGGUCCGAAGAACGGCUGGGCCGCGAUAGGGACGCACGCAUUCGAACUCGCUCAGUUCGAUAACUUCGCUGUGAUGGCAGAGUAAAGAUGGACCCGAGUGUUCUGAUGACACACAUCCAUGACGUAAAACCAAGAGGACACACACCUCCAACGAAGAGACCAACGUACUGCAACACUGACUCUUUAAUGUGAACAAUUUUAAUGAUUUUUGCACUUUUGAGUGUUUUCUACUGUUUUAAAUGAAUGUCCAGCUUCAUGAAAUGAAACAUUAAUUAUAUUAAUUAAAUAAAGAACCUGUUGGGACUUGAA